AUGACGUCAAUAGGAGCCGUCACAGCUCCACCUGGAGGAAGCAGUAGACCCAAAUCUGCUAGUGUCUUCCCAUCCGCUAACCGCAAACUGGUUGCUAUUGUGCCGGCCAAUUCGAACCAGACUUCGUAUUCUCACCGUCCUCAAUCCAGUCGACACCCGAGACCACCGACUGUAAACUUAACCAGUCCAAGACCACGACCGUGUCAGGCGUCGAUGCAGCUAUGGCGACAACCUGGAACUCCGGCAGCAACGCGUCAUAACUCGGUAGUGCAGCGUGUAGUACGAGACGAGAUCGACGAGCAACGACAUGUUACACUCGAGGCACAACGUCAACUUCAUGAAUUACACGCCACUAUCGCUCGACGUGAAGAAGAGCUCAGUCUUGCACAACGUCAUCUUCGUGCUUUCGAUCCACUGUCUUCUUGUGCCUCUCAAACUUCUAGAACGCAACCAGAUAUCGUUCCUAAUCUGAAACAAGAAAUCGCACACCAAGACGCAUACAAGAAGCGUCUGCGCUACAUGCACGAGCGACUGGAACAGCAAGUUCGAUACUUAGAGGCAAACGCUGAUCUCCUUGCGGAACGGAAGAGAGCAGCCCAUCGAGAGCGAACGUUGUGUCGGAAUCGCAUCAAAAUUGAGUCCGAUAAGAACCGACAUAUACGGCAACAGCUUCGUGAGUUACACGGCAAGCGAACGGGUUUUAAACGCAGUGCUCUGCCGGUUCUCGAGUCCUAUCGAGACGAAUUGGCUUCACGGUUAGUGAUAGCUCAACGACGCAAUGAUGCGGAUCGUCGACGUGAUGAGUUGUUGAGGUUUAUAGGCACUAGAACCAAUGGAUCGAAAGUUACGAGUAGGUCACUUACAAGCGCCUCGGCUGCGAUAACGAAGGAUCGAGUGCCAGGUAUAAUACAGCGUCGUGACAGCUACAAUAUACUGGUGGACGAUGCAGAUGAAAACAGACGGGAGACGCUGUUUGCCGUGUACGAAGGACAGUUUGCGCGUGUGCUACGUGAGACCGGGGAAGUGGAUUUGAAUGUGGUGCUGGAUCGCUUCCAGUCGUACAGAGAGAGCACUGCUAGACUGCGUGAGAUCGCAGCGGAAUUACGCACGGAAAGCACUCGGUUAGCGCGCGAACAACAGGCGCAUAAUUCGAUGGUAUCACGUCUCCGAGUGUCCGGCCCUGGCGAUAUUACAGAGCGUCGUCAGCGACUACGCGAUCGACUGGAAGGAGCUCUACACACGCAGCAACUAGAGAAGAGUCAAGCUCGAGAACGUAUGAACACGCAGCUCAAAGCGUUCGUGUUUGUUCAGCAAGGAGUGCUACAUAUUGUGGAGCUGUUACUUUGUCUCGAGGACCGUCCAGGGAUGACACUACCAGGUCAAGUGUUAGCGAUGGCACGCACUGUUAUGGGAGGGUCUCAUCCAGCCGAAACAGCUCUGAAGAAUGUGACGCCAGCGCUGCAAACUUUACUACACAUCGCUCGAGAUAUAGGACGGCGUGGAUUGCAACGUGAAUGGCUUAAACUACCAGCGAUAGACUACUCGGUGGCUCAAGUGGCUCGACUAGAGCAGCUUGAGCUCGAUUCGAAUCAAAAGAGUAAUAGCUUCGUUAAGCAGGAGAUUAAGACGACAACUGAAGAAGAAAUAGAUGAAGAAGAACGUGAUACUAUAGUCAUGCGAAGAGCGAUCAAGAAACAAGAGAAGGAGACGCUACAUCAAGCUGAAACAAUCCUCCGUCAAACUUACGACGCCAGGAAGUUACUACAAAUGCAACAGCAAAGAAAACUUCAUCAAUGUCCGACGCAGGUACAGGACAAAUCCGACGUGGAGAUCGUAGCCGCACACUUCCGUGAACAACGACGUAUCGAGAAACAAGAACAUCGUUUUACGAAUGGGAACGCGCCAGCUACAGCUCAACGUCGAAGUACGAUAGUACCAGCUCAAAGUCCAAGAAGAAAAAUUUAAC